CCUGUCAAUAAAGCUUGAACAGGCGCCGGGCCGGGGACGCGCGGGCGGGCGGGAUUUUUUUCUUCCUCAUUUUUUUUUUCUUUUUGGUGGGGUUUGGUUUUGUUUUGUUUCUCUUUGAACAAACUUUAUUGUUCCCGCGGCGCCGCGCGCGCGGGGAUGCGUUGAGGCCGCUCCACCGUCGGCCACGCUCCGUCCGGCCCGGCCUCGGCAUGUCGGGCAGCCGCCCGCCGCCGCACCCCGCCGCGCCGCCCGCCGCUACCCCGGCCGCCUCCUCUUCCUCCUCCUCCUCCUCCUCUUCGGCGGCCAUGGCGCCGGGUUCGUCCUCCUCGGGGAGCGCGUCGGCGCGGCCUGUCCUGGUGGCGGCCGCCGUGUCGGGCUCGGGCGCGGGGCUGGCCCGGCUGGCGGUGGCGGCGCGGCCCGGCGGCGGCUCCGCGGCGGGAGGCGGGGGCAGCGGUGCGGGAGGCGGCGGGAGCAGGAAGAGGCCGCUGCUCACGCCGCUCUGCAACGGACUCAUCAACUCCUACGAGGACAAGAGCAACGACUUUGUCUGCCCUAUCUGUUUUGAUAUGAUUGAAGAAGCCUACAUGACAAAAUGUGGACACAGCUUCUGCUAUAAAUGUAUUCACCAGAGCUUGGAGGACAAUAACAGGUGUCCCAAAUGCAACUAUGUUGUGGACAACAUAGACCAUCUGUAUCCCAACUUCUUAGUCAAUGAACUUAUUCUUAAACAGAAGCAAAGAUCUGAGGAGAAGAGACUCAAACUGGACCAUUCAGUGAGUAGCACCAAUGGCCAUAGGUGGCAGAUAAUUCAAGAUUUGUUGGGAACUGAUCAAGACAAUCUUGACUUGGCCAAUGUCAACCUGAUGUUGGAGCUGCUGGUGCAAAAGAAGAAGCAGCUGGAAGCAGAGUCCCAUGCUGCCCAAUUGCAAAUACUUAUGGAAUUUCUCAAAGUGGCCAGAAGAAACAAACGAGAGCAAUUGGAGCAAAUCCAGAAGGAGCUAAGUGUUCUGGAAGAAGAUAUUAAGCGAGUAGAGGAAAUGAGUGGCUUGUACUCCCCAGUCAGUGAGGACAGUACAGUGCCGCAGUUUGAGGCUCCCUCACCUUCACACAGUAGUAUUAUUGACUCCACGGAGUACAGCCAACCUCCAGGCUUCAGUGGCAGUUCUCAGACCAAAAAGCAGCCAUGGUAUAACAGCACGCUAGCCUCACGACGUAAGCGGCUCACAGCUCAUUUUGAGGACCUAGAACAGUGCUAUUUUUCCACCAGGAUGACACGUGUCUCAGAUGACAGCAGAACCACAAGCCAGCUGGAUGAGUUUCAGGAGUGUCUAUCCAAGUUCACGCGCUACAAUUCUGUGCGACCCCUGGCAACAUUGUCUUACGCUAGUGACCUCUACAAUGGCUCCAGCAUAGUAUCCAGUAUUGAGUUCGACCGAGACUGUGACUACUUUGCCAUCGCUGGGGUGACAAAGAAGAUUAAAGUCUAUGAGUAUGGUACAGUCAUUCAGGACGCAGUGGAUAUUCACUACCCUGAGAAUGAAAUGACCUGUAAUUCCAAAAUCAGCUGUAUCAGCUGGAGUAGUUAUCACAAGAAUCUGCUAGCCAGCAGCGACUAUGAAGGCACUGUCAUCCUUUGGGAUGGAUUCACAGGACAAAGAUCCAAGGUCUACCAGGAGCAUGAGAAAAGGUGCUGGAGUGUUGACUUUAACUUGAUGGACCCAAAGCUAUUGGCUUCAGGCUCUGAUGAUGCCAAAGUGAAGCUGUGGUCUACCAACUUGGACAACUCGGUAGCAAGCAUCGAGGCCAAGGCUAAUGUGUGUUGUGUCAAAUUCAGCCCCUCUUCUAGGUAUCACCUAGCUUUUGGCUGUGCAGAUCACUGUGUUCACUACUAUGACCUUCGUAACACUAAGCAGCCAAUCAUGGUGUUCAAAGGGCACCGCAAGGCAGUCUCCUACGCAAAGUUUGUGAGUGGCGAAGAAAUCGUCUCUGCGUCAACAGACAGUCAGCUGAAGCUAUGGAAUGUAGGGAAGCCUCACUGCCUGCGUUCCUUCAAGGGUCACAUCAAUGAGAAGAAUUUUGUGGGGCUUGCGUCCAAUGGAGACUACAUUGCCUGUGGAAGUGAAAAUAAUUCACUUUACCUAUACUAUAAGGGCCUCUCAAAGACACUGCUGACGUUCAAGUUUGAUACAGUCAAAAGUGUCCUGGACAAGGACCGGAAAGAAGAUGACACAAAUGAGUUUGUGAGUGCUGUAUGCUGGAGAGCACUACCAGAUGGGGAGUCCAACGUGCUGAUUGCUGCUAACAGUCAGGGUACAAUUAAGGUACUGGAGCUGGUAUGAAGGGUUUUUCUCAAGGCAUGAGGUACUUGGUCCUGCUGUAUGCUACAGUAUUCGUCUGGGAUCCUCAGUGGGGCAAGAAACCAAAACCACCUUGAUGUUCCUCCCCAAAACCAUCAUGUUUGGGUUUUUUUUUCCAUUUAUGGACUUUCUAGGACAUUUUUGAGACACUUGGAAACACCAGUGAACUGUCUGCCAUCAACAUUAACUCCACAGACUUUGCUGCUGCUGAUGGUGGUAUGGUUGUCUAAUUUUUAUGACAGGAAAACAAAUUCUUUUAAAUAAAAACAAAAAGGAAUAAUAAAAUUUAUUGAGCCACAAGCUAAAGCUUGGAAGAUUCUCUCUUGUUACAUACGGGAACGGAUUUACUUGGGAAGGGAGCUUACAGGACCCCACAGGGCUGUCCUCAGUUGCACAACGCCAGUUACUUACAUAUGGACUGUUCUUCAUCUCCGUUGGAAAAAGAAAAUAUCUAAGCCUUACCUGGACAUGCAAGUGAUUCACUUUGAGAUCCUAUAAUGAUAGGGUUUGGGUGUUCCUUUGAGUUGUUAACUUUUUAGAUGCAUUAAAUGUUGGGAAAUGUCACGGAGGUUGACACCUCUGGAGACUGAAGACCUCUGGUCAUCAAGAAGAGGAGGGCAGCUUCCCCUUUCUCCUCUCCUCAUGCUACUGCCUCAACUGAUGGGGCAACUCCAAAGAAGAGGGUGAAGUUGUCCUCCCAUCAGUGUGAGCCUGGGCCCCUCUGCUGCCUGCCACCAGUAACAUGCUGAGAUGAGGUGACCUACCUGAGACCUGGACUGACCUCACCAAGAUGUCAUGGGAUAACGAUCUCCCUCCCACAGACCUGGCUGUUUGACUAUCUCAGCUAGAGGAGGAAGCUUCUAGAUCCCAUUACUGAAGCCCUUCACCACGUAAUUGCCCAUGUGGUCUGGUUGUGUUGGCCUCCCUGUGCACACCAUACAAGCCAAGCAUUUGGAAUGUUGUAACAAGAGGGGUUGGAUUUGGUUUGUAAUGUGUUUCAGAGCCAUGAUAUAAGUAGCCUUAUUUUUAAUGGUCAUGCAUACACUUACUUGUACAUACGGAGGGGGAAUAAACCAU